CUCUUUUUUAUUUCUCUGUAACAGGUUUGUAACACUUCCAAACGGCAUCCUGCAGGUUUUGGACGUCACCGUAGAUGACAGAGGUCUGUACCGCUGCGUGGCAACUAACUCUGCUGACAUGCUCUACAGCCAAGAUGCUUCUCUAACUGUUACAUCAGGUCCUUCAGAGGACAGUGAAGUGAUGAUUGUAGCUCCCCCACGUGACUUGACGGUGGUUUUGGGACGACCUGCGGUGCUGGAGUGUAUGGCUUAUGGACAGCCAAAACCUUUUGUGUCCUGGAGUAGACAAGAUACAAAGCCCAUUGCUGCAGAUGUGCUUGUCCUCGCCACCAACCUCGUAAUACCUCGCACCCUCAGCCACCACGCUGGAGUGUACGUGUGUCGCGCCAACAAGCCCAAAACGCGAGAGUUCGUCUCGUCCUCCGCUGAGAUCCACGUGCUGGCCCCUCCGGUGAUUGUGAAACCUCCUGAGUCGGUGUCGCUGUCUCGGGGGAACACGGCGAGGUUUGUGUGUAACAGUUCUGGUUCUCCAGCUGCGUCUCUGCUGUGGCUGAAGGACGGUGACCGUCUGCAGUGGACGGCGCGGGUGAAGACUCAGAGCCCCGGGGUUCUCCUUAUCAACCAGCUGCGGCCAGACGACGCCGGAUAUUACCAGUGCCUCGCCUCUAACGUCCUGGGUACCGCCUGUGCCACCGCCAAACUGUCUGUCAUUGUAAGGGCGGGGCUUCCCAGUCCUCCGCUUCACCUCCAGGCCACGCCUCAAUCCAGCACCUCUGUCCUACUCACAUGGGAUCCUCCAGAGCACAACCGUGAGCAGGUGAUCGGCUUCUCCAUCCACUACCAGCAGGCCACAGCAGGGUUUGAUAACAUGGAGUAUCAGUUUGCGGUGAACAACGACACGACGGAGUUCCACGUGAAGGAGCUGCAGCCUCACACGGCCUACACCUUUUACAUGGUGGCUUAUUCGCCCGAGGGAGCCAGCCGUCCAUCUCAGUCCAUCACCAUGGAGACGGUGGAGGACGAAGAGGUGUUUUCAGUGGAGUUGGAUGGUAAUGAGACUCAUGUGAGAGAUCAGAAGCCCAAUCACACAAACCAGAUACAGACGGCUGCGGGAGCACGUGCGGGUUUUGGUGAACCUUCAGAGUGGAACUUUCCCCAAACGCCCAACCUUACUCAGGUGCUCUUUCCUCCAGCUGAGCUCAGAGUGACGACUAAGAUACAUUCCCUCCAUGUCACGUGGCAGCCGCCACCCAAUCACACGCAGAUCACUGGCUACAAGCUGGCUUAUAGGGAACUGGAUGGCAAGGAGGCGACCAAUCAAGAGAGUCCUCAGGCUGAUGCUUCUCACAUCAGGCUACGCAAGCGAGUAAAGCAUUACGAAAUCACGGGCCUCGCUCCUGAUCGCCUGUAUGAAGUGAAAGUGUGGGCAUGUAAUAAGCAGGCUGCAGGCUAUCCUGCCAUAUGGAAGGGUCGGACCGAGAAAUUCACUGACCGAGUUCGACCCCUGGAACACCCACCCCCACUGCCCCCCAGCAUUGUUAAAGCUCAGGCUAACAGCUCUACCUCCAUCUGGCUGCAGUGGGAGAAACCGGCAUUCAGUAACGUACGCAUCAUUAACUACACGAUACGCUGCAGUCCUGCUGGCAACCGCAACGCCUCACUCGUCUCCUACUACACCAGCACGUCUCAGGAGAUCCUGUUAGGUGCGCUGAAACCCUUCACUCGCUACGAGCUGGCCAUCCAGUCCAACGGCAUCAGCGCCGGCGGGCCCUUCAGCAGCACUGUGGAGGAGUCCACACUCGCUGACCGACCCUCAUCUCCACCUACAGACCUACAGCUGAGUGCCAUUGACUCCUUUUCUGUGUUGGUGAGCUGGCGCCCCCCUCUGGAGCCCAAUGGCAUUAUUGUUAGCUACAGUCUGCUCUACAACGCCAACCUGAGUCAACCGGACGACCUGUGGACCAACCUGAGCCAUGACGGAUCUUUCACCAGCACAGAGGUUCUGGGUCUUAUGAGCGGGACACGGUACUACUUUAAGAUAGGGGCGUGUACGGAGGUCGGCGUGGGGCCGUUCUCUCUAGUGAAGGAUGUACACACUCCUCCUCAGAAAUACGAGUUGGACAUUCAUGCUGUCACCGGGAUCAUCGUCGGCGUGUGCCUUGGGCUUCUCUGCGUCCUCGUCUGCAUGUGUGUUAGCUUCCGCAACGGAAAAAGCCGUGACGCCCCAGGAGGGUUGGAGCCCAGUCUGUUGCACCCGCAGUGCCGCAGGAGCGCCCAUCCUGCACCCGCUGUCAUACCGAACUGCACAGAUUGCCAUGAACUGGAGACUCUAAUGCCACCCGGAGUCCAGGAUCCUGUUCUGCCCCUGACUCAACCUAUGGAGCAGCAAAGUCUCAUGGGUAGUGUCGGGGGAGCUUAUGACGCACUGACAGAUCUGAAGCCAAGCUGGAACGGUUCGGUGAGCCGGGAGUGGGCCAGUCGGAUCAGCAGCUACAGAGAGACGGUAACCGAAAACUCGCCGUGUCUCGUUAGCGAAGCUCAGGAUGCAAAGGAGAGAAAGAACAAUCUUGAGGAUCAUCCGCAGUCUCUCGGGUCAAACCAGGUAGAGGCUGAGGUGAUCGUACACUCAGAGCGGUCCGAUACAGCGGAGGAGGCUCAGGAGAUCCGGAGUGACGUCGAUCACUCUCUGGGGUCUCCUGUUUCGCACGUUUCUUACAGAGAGGACGCUUCACCUCUGUCAUUAUCCUCAAUCAAUACUGACACUGAAAACCAUCCCUCAUCUCCGUGCAACCUCAACCACUUACCGGCUAAUCACAACGGUCCGCUGGAAAACGGGCUUUCCCAGCUGACUCUGGGAGGUGCUACAGAAGACAGGGUAUCUCCCAAGCACCUCCAAACUGCCCUAGAGAACGGAGAUCACAGACUCCACCCUUCAAAGCAGCCUCUGUCUCAGAUAGGACUGUCGACUUCCUCUCCAGCCUUCGCUAGGUCCGGCCUGGUCCGCUCUACCUCAGGUGCGCACAGCUACCUGUGCUCCUAAGCAUUAAACCAAGAGGAGGAAAUGAACCAUGAUGCCAAUAUUCCACUAUCGCAACGUAUUGUUUUAUAAAGUGUGUACAUACAGAAUAUUUUUUUAGCUCUAGAUACCAUGGGUAUGAUUUUUUUUUUAUUUUAUUUUCCUGUUUUUUUUUUUGUUUUUUUUUAAUUGUGUGCAUGUAUUGUAUAUUCAUUUAGUAUAUAUGGAUACAUGCACGUGAUAUAAAUAGUAGAUCUAAAUAUUGUAUAUUUGGACUUUUCUUACUCUGGAGAUGGAAUCAGAUGUGAGUGUGAAGAUCAGAGCAGAACACAGGCGUAGUCCACAGUAACAAGGAGACACUUUAUUUAAAUCGCUUUGUUUACUUGUUGUUGUUUUUUGGUGCAAAAUUAUUUUUCCUAAUUUUUUUUUUAAAAACACUGACAUGUGACUGCCACGUCAUCGCCACGGUUCCAAGACGACAGAACUUCUACUGAUGCCUUUUUUUUUCUGCAUAAUUUAAUUGGUGUCACUGUGAUGGGCAAGAAAGUGUUUUAAUGUUCAUAUUGUCAAAAAAAAACCCCAGAAAAACACCAUGGUGGACGUUGCGUAUAUUUUGUGGGCGAGACACCCAGCUCAACGUUUUCUGUCGUUUUCAUGUUCUGUUGCCAAAACGGUAAAUUGGAACAUUCUUUAUUAUUAAAUGUCCAGUUGUGUUAGUGUGGACUAGGCCGUAGUCAGAUGACCUGAAUAGACCAAUCAGAGAUUAGGAUCUACAAAGCAGCCGUAGAUUUACGUCAAGGAGCUCCACAGCUUUUCCACGCAUUACAGAUCACUCAGGGUUAACACUCACACACACACACACACACACACACACACACACACACACACAUUCCUGGAAGCUACACCUUUAUUGGCUUUCUUUUCAGCUUGAUGAUACCUUAUCUAUCUGCUUCAUUCAUUGUUCUCUCUCUCUCUCUCUCUCUCUCUCUCUCUCUCAUUCACUCACUCACUCACUCACUCACACACACACACACACACACACACACACACACACACACACACACACACACACACACACACAGUCCUGGAAGCUACACCUUUAUUGGCUUUCUUUUCAGCUUGAUGAUACCUUAUCUAUCUGCUUUAUUCAUUGCUCUCUCUCUCUCUCUCUCUCUCUCUCUCUCUCUCUCUCUCUCUCUCUCUCUCUCACACACACACACACACACACACACACACACACACACACACACACACACAGACAAUUCCGCAGUUUCUGUUUGCACCUCACAUGAAAACAGGAAAAUGCAUUAGAACCUGGUUGGAGUUAGCAAUAUACAUGCUAAUUGUUGUUAGCUAGCAUAAAUGACAAAACCUCAAAAAUUCUUCAUCUACUACUAGUUAUAAGUUCGAUAUAUAAUAGUUAGCUUAAUCUUAGCUAGCUUUCUAGCAACUGUCCUAUUUCUUUUAGACAUAAAAUAUAGUAUUAGCUAGCUUUGGAUUUAAUUUAACAAUAUAAUAGUUAGCUUAAUCUUAGCUAGCUUGCCAGUGAAGUUUUAACUGGCAAAAAAAAUGUAGUUUAAUUAAUGUUGACUUUCUUGUUAGAUAUUUUAGUUUAUAAUAAUAGUUACUGUAAUAUUACCGUAGUUUGCAAAUGUUGCUGCUGGUUUUUAGUUCCAGUCUUUUGGGUUGGCUAGCGUUAGUUAGCUUGCUAGCGAACGUGGCCAUCGGCGAUCUUUAGUUUCACGGUAUAGUAGUUAGCAUAUUGUUAGCUAGCUUACUAGCGAAUUUGUACUGUUCACAGGAAAGUAGUUUACUUUAUGAUUAAUAUCCAGCUUGCUAUGUAAGCUAAGUAGGAGGUUUUUAUUGUGUAAAUAACACCGGUCUUUAAGUUAAGUCCUACAUUCAGGCAAAAAAAAGGGAAAAUGAAGGAUUUGGAUUUGGUAAUGUUCUUGUGAUUCAUUUUUUUCUGUGUUUAUGAAAACAGUUAGCGGCUAAUCCUAAUUUCAGACGGGUGCAAACAGAUGGUCGGAAACACUACAUUAUGUAAAUAAUAAUGACGAGGAACGGCUGAGAAAAGUUGAAGGACAUGUCUAAUGUUCAUGUAGUCGAGAGUAAUUUGAGUUUAAUGGGAGUUUGAGGUGCUUCACACAGCUCCUUCUCCCAGCCACUACCUCAUUUGUUUAAAAUGGAUCCUAUAUAUAUAUUUUUUUUGUGAUUUAAUUUUCAGGAAUAAUUUAUAAUUCUGAGGUAAAUUUUGUGUCUGUGGGUUUAUAAAGAUUGUUAAUCAUAACGUUUAGCACUUGUAGAAGUCUCUUUCUCUAGCUCUUUUGUCUUCUGUCCAUCCCGUCAUGGCCUGCGGUGAUGGUUAGUGUUCCAUCUGACGCAUUCAUUAAGACAACCUUCGCUAUAACAAACGGCGCGUCUGUAAGACAUUAGCGCGCAGAGGACUUUCUGGUUGGCGGGAGACGCGUCCAUGUCUCACCUCACCGCACGCAUCUUACGCAUUUCUCAGGGAGCUCUGACUGACACACACACACACACACACACACACACACACACACACACACACACACACACACACACAGUGCAGGGAAUCCAAGCAGAUAAAAGAAGAAAGCAAACACGUCUGUUAAACACUGUUCCUGUGUUCCUUCAACCAUAAUUAGCUUUUUAGUCUUGUUCUUUAUCUUGUUCUUCCUCAACAGUGAUGCAUUCUCUCUCUCUCUCUCUCUCUCUCUCUCUCUCUCUCUCUCUCUCUCUCUCUCGCUCCCACACUCUGUACUGCUGCUAAGAGCAGAAACGUUUUUUUUCCUUUAUAUGCGUUCGAAACGAUUAUUUAAGCGUCUUGUAUUUUAUUUUUUUCUCCUUUUGAUAAAAGACGGAAGACUUCUAUUUCUGACGUUAAUUAUUUUAUUAGAAAUUAUUUUACUGAAAUGAUGAUUCUCGUGUCAUCCAUCAGUCUGAGGAGUUUGACUGUCUGUGUACGUCGGUGACCAGUUCUGCAUUUUCUUUUGCUUUUUUAACACUACGUAUUAUACUUAGAUUAAUAUUAGAAAUCUUACAACUAAAAUGAAGUCAUUUUGUAUCUCUCUCUCUCUCUCUCUCUCUCUCUCUCUCUCUCUCUCUCUCUCUCUAUAUAUAUUAUAUAUAUAUAUAUAUAUAUAUAUAUAGAUAUAUAUAUAUAUAUAUAUAUAUAUCAGCUAAAAGCUCAAUAUUACAUCAGGGUGCCAUUUGAUUAUCCACCAACCUGAGAGUUUUUAAUAUUCUAGCCCUUAUUAGGCAUAGCUGAGUGCAAAAGUUUGUGCACCCAUAGUUUUGGGGUGACAACAAACAUCGAAACGUACAAAUAAACUACUGAAGUUUAGUGUUCUUUAAAUGUUGUUUCCCUCUGAAAUUUCUUUUAAAUGCUCAAGACUUUACAGUACAUCCAUAUUCAUUUAUUUAUAUAUUUACUUUAGAAGUAAAGCAGUUUUCACUCACUAAAUUCCCAGCUUAUUAUUUGUAGUUAUCCUCUAUUAUUUAUCACGACGGCGGAAGUUCAAAGCUGCGUUCCAUAGACCUGCUGCACGCUACGCACUUACACUAUGCACUAACGGACGAAUGUUAGACGGGUCGUCUAAUUUUUUACUAAUCGGAUGUUAUUUUAGAAGAAUUUUGGAUUAUGGUGUCAUUUAGAAUAUGGUUAUUUUUUUUUUUUUACAUUUUGUUGGGAAGAAAACCAUGGGCUCAAUUAGAGACGUAUUCAGACCACCAGAGUGUCAUCAGGUAUCUUGAGAAUGUUUUCUUAUUUAUAGACAGCACCUUGUAGCUCCUUUUCCUGUCCCCUUCAUGCAAAGCUGGAAGUGUUGAAAAUUCCAAUUGUUUUUUUUGUUUUUUCGGUAGAAAAAGAGAAAAUCCUUCAGGUUCUUGAGCUGCACAUCGUCUUUUCUUCUCGCUCAGUGUGAACACACAACUCACACACAUUAUGCUUUACAAUGGAGUCAAAUAGAGUAGAAGAUCGCAAUGUAUUCCACACUUUACACUUGGUGCUCUUUAAUUCUGGUCAGAAGAUGUUCAGUAUUUGAGGUGAUUUGAGCAGCAUUUGUGCAGCUUCAAAUAACAGGUUUAUAAUAAUUCGCUUGUUCUAAUAUGUUACCAUUUCCAUAGCAACAGCUCGUUCGCGGAGAUCUGUACGGCGGACUCUAAACGUGAUCUCGGACUACGGAAUAACAUUUGUUGAUAUUCAACAAAGAAGUGCAUGUAAUCCUUAACAUGUUUGUUUUAUUGAACAUUAAUGGAAGGAGUCUCCAGUGUUAGCACUUUGUAACAGUUUGUUUUCAUGAUGUUAGAUAUAAUAAAUAAUAAAUGGCUAAAAGUUCAACACAACAUUCUUUAAUAAAGUAGAACAUUUUAACAGGUCCCAAGAAAACGUACCUGCUAUUAUUGGAAAUACAAAUAUUCCCUCGUCACUCAUUCUCUCGUUUUAUUCCUCGAUUAAUAUCCGUGAAGACUUUUAAAUGGAUGCUGAACCCGAUGCUUUAUUCAUGUUAAUCGAUAAUUGUUAAAAUAAUGUCAGUUAAGAGAAAUUUAUUGUAGUAGAACAGACCGAAAUAAACACGAAAUCCAGAAAUGAAAAUAAAUAACAGGAAACUAUUAAACUUACUGUCAGUAAGUCUGUGUUUGUAUUAUAUUUAGAAAUACAAUCUUGAGAUACGGUGCAUUAUAUAAAUUCACUUUAAUAUAGUGAAACACUUCCUAUUUUUUUCUUUUUAUUAAAUGAAAUGAAAGAAACUUCAAUGUGGUAAGGGUGCACAAACUUUUGCACUCAGCUCUACAGGUAAAAAACAAAAAAACAAAACUUGCAAAUCUUGUGUUCCUGUGAAGUGUCGUUCCGUAGCUGUCGUGUGAAGCGUGAACAACGAGUUGACAUCCAACACGCCAAAUUCAUCACCUCAACAUUUUUAUGGAAGUCCAGUCACGAUCUCUCAGACCUUCUCAGAAGGAUUAGUUUGGUGCUACAUCUUAGAACAGGUGCUCAAUAUGGUGUUUUAAACAAUUCCUCUUUGUAUUUUGCCAUCACUCAGGUUUGUAUUCUAAGAGACAAAGUCGUUUUAAAAUAAAAUAAAUAAAUCUGAGAAAUCAUCCUUUGGAUCGUUUGAACGUUUGAUCGUUGGAUUGUUUUUUUUUUUUAAUUAUUUAUUUCUUCUUCUGAAUACAGUAAACUGUGUAAUUAUUAUAUACGUAUGUAUUCCUCAUAAAGCCUUUUCAUUAAAUGUUUAAUUAAAAUUAA